CACUUCGUCUCGUCACAUUUCCCCUUCGAACUCACUAACAGCCUUACAGCCCUCUGCAAGUCUCGCUGAUCAGUGCUGGACUCUGGUAGGUGUCGAGGAGACUUGGGCUGCAUUGUUCGGAGCUUGUCUGAAUCCCAACGUCAUUCGACAUCAUGAUGGACUAUGUUUAUGCUGGUUAUCCAUCUAUAUCGUGAGCCAGUACAAUGCCAUCGCGACAGUGCGCAGUCAUUGACGCCGUCGAAUAUACACAUUUGCGGUUUUGUUUUUGCGGUGUUCACGGUGUCAUUCAACCGUUCGAGAUGCAUUGUCCUAUCAUAUCGGGGACUUUUUUUAUUUUGUAUUUUUUGGCGAACUAUAUUUAACUUGACUCUACUUUAUAUAAAUAGAUGCUGUACAGCACAUUGGCGCAUCAGCUUCAGGCUGUGCCUCUGGUUCCAGCACACUCGGUUCUUAUCGUUAUCCACUCAUCUGCUCCACUCAGUGGAAGCUCAAUACCAAGACCAUCCAAACGCACCUCCCGCCCACGACAGAAGAUGCAUCCCCAUAAGUUAAGCGCGUCCCGAACCCAACCAUGUCCACCCCCACCAGUCAUCUUGCAGUCCAAACCUCACUCCAUGAACGACGUCCAAUAAGAAUACGCAUCAGGGCAU